GCUCCCUCGUUCCUCGUAAUCAAACAGACCUAGUGGGAAUCCUGGGGGAAGAAUGGAGGACAACGCUGACUUCACCAGGGAUUCCUUCUUGUUUUCUUCCUGAUCCCACUUUGGAGUCAAAUUAGGAACUACAAACAGAUGGACUCUGCUUUUUCCAGAGCUUAGUUCAGUCCCCUGCUGAGAUCCAUCAGUAGGAUCUACCUAUCUGGACUUUGGUAGAUCAGGGAACACGACCGUCUCCGGCACAUGUUGGCGGUCAGCGUUCCGGAGGGUUUCCAGAAGCCAAGGUGAAGAUGCCAGGUAUCCUGGUGGCCUCAAACAUGAAGUCUGGACUCCCCAAACCCGUGCACAGCGCGCUGCCCAUCCCUCAGGUCAGCAGGAGACCGCCAGCUCUCACUCUGCCCGUGAAGACGCACAUCCCGUCUUGGAGCCAGCGUCCGAGAGGCCCCGUGUUGGGGUCGGAGAUCCGGAGGAACGCUCAGAUCUACACCGACUGGGCCAACCACUACCUCGCAAAGUCGGGACACAAGCGUCUGAUCAAGGACCUGCAGACGGACGUUGCAGAUGGCGUGCUCCUGGCUGAGAUCAUACAGGUCGUAGCCAAUGAGAAGCUGGACGACAUCAACGGCUGCCCCAAGAGCCGCUCUCAGAUGAUUGAGAACAUUGACGUGUGCCUCAGUUUCCUGGCAGCCAAAGGAGUCAACAUCCAGGGACUCUCUGCAGAGGAGAUUCGGAAUGGCAACCUGAAAGCCAUCCUCGGCCUCUUCUUCAGCCUGUCCCGCUUCAAGCAGCAGCAGCAGCAGCAGCAGCAGCAGCGGCAGAACCCUCAGCAGGGCCUGGCACCUCCAGCCCAGCCUCGGAGCGCUCACCCUCCCCUGAGCCAGCAGAGCAGCGCUCCAGCUCCCCUCAGCCAUUCUCCGCAUGGGACUCCAGCACACACAGCCCAGAAAGCAGCACAGGCCGAGAUGCAGUCCAGGCUCCCCGGCCCCACAACGAGGGUGUCCACUGCAGGCGGGGACAUCGCUCCAAGAGGCUCGGUGGCCGGCGCCGGCAACAGACGCAGCCAGGCCCUCAGUGACAAGACCAAAGCCAACUCGCAGCUGAACAAAGAUUGCUCGGAGGGCAUGGCCUCGCAGCCGUCGCUGAUCACGAAUGAGAAUGCGGCGUCGUCUGCGGUGACCAUCGGCUCCUCCGCCAACAUCCCCGCUGCUACCGCCGCGCUGGUUCUGGCCUCGUCGUCUUCGUCGCCCUCCACGGCCAUCCCCCACCCGAAUAGCAACAGCAAGCCUUGGAGGAGCAAGUCCAUUAGCUCCAAGAACGCCCCUCAAGCCCCCUCCUCCGCCGGUGCCAUGCAAUCAACAAAACAAGAGACCUCCUGUAAGGCCGAAGCUCCUCCUAAGGCUGCCGCGCAGAAGUCAAUGCUGGAGAAGCUGAAGCUCUUUAACAGCAAAGGAGGCUCCAAAUCCUCCUCCGCAUCAAACGGAGUAGGUGCACAGAGCGAUAAUGCGGCGCCAGGUAUGCAGGUGGAGAGAGCAGAGACGGGCUCGAACACCGACCCCCUUGAAGAAGACGACGGAAACAUUCGCCCGGGAAUGAACGGAACCUCUAACGGAGCAGGUGCUCACGUUGCCGCCACCGCCAGCAGCCCCAAAAUGGCCUUGAGGGGCAUCGCCCAGCGCACUUUCAGCAGAGCUCUGACCGCCAAAAAGAGCUCUGUCAAAGGCCCGGAGAAGGACAAGGAGAAGGGGAAGGAGAAAGGGAAGGAUGUGGGAAAACGCCUCUCCAUGCAGGAAAGGACAGAACUCAGGGGAGAGGAGGUCAAGGAGGAAGUGGUUGGCGGAGAUUCGGACAGCUCGAACAAAAAGACCUCGAAAAUCGCCAGCUUCAUCCCCAAAGGGGGUAAAAUGGCCAAAAAGGACAAUUCCACCCCUGCACACAGCGGAAUACCAAAGCCAGGAGGCAAAACCCCGGCCGGGGGUAAAGUGAAGGAGGCCGGGGAUAGACCGCGGAGCAUGAGGCUCGGUGGCGCCCUGGCCAUGCACCGGGGUCCUUCGGAAAAGGACGGCAAACACUCCGGCACUACCUCCGGCCCGCACGCCGCAGACGGGAAGACGGGCUGCGCCUCUGCGGCCGGAGGAGGGAACACGCAGAGCACGGCCUGCAACACCGUCAGCGUGCAGCUACCUCAGAACCAACAGCACCACAGUCACCCCAACAUGGCCACCGUCGCACCUUUCAUGUACAGAUCUCAAAACGAGGCCGAGGGAGUCGUGAGCAGCGAGUCCAGUUCAGGAAGCAGAGGCGGGGAUGUUUCCUUCAGCAAGACCAACCAGCCGUCAAUCGAGGACCUUUCAGGUGAAGACCCAGAGACGAGGCGGUUGCGGACUGUCAAAAACAUUGCAGAUCUGCGGCAGAACCUGGAGGAGACCAUGUCCAGCUUGCGGGGAACUCAGGCCACACACAGCACCUUGGAAACCACGUUCGAUGGCAGCGUCACCACGGAUGUCAGCAGCGGCAGCAACACCAGCGGAGGAGGACGAAGCAUCCUCAGUCUCACCUCCUCCCGGCCCUCCUUGUCGUCAUGGAGACUGGGCCAGUCCAGCCCUCGACUCCAAGCGGGGGACGCCCCCUCGUCGGGGAACGGCUACGCGGGCCGGGCGGCCGGCGUCCAAGCGGGCCGCUACUUGUACCCGGGGCACCUCAGGCGCCAGCUGGCUGGCAGGAGCGGAAGCCUCGGCAGCGCGGAGCUCGGAGACAGACCCGGGGAGGACGUGGACCUGGACGGGAUAGCCAUGGAGGUCACCGGCUACAUGAGCGACGGAGAUGUUCUGAGCAAGAACGCCACGCGCGCGGAUGACGUCGCCAGUGGCUACAUGACGGAUGGGGGUUUGAGUCUGUACACGCGGCGCUUGAACCGGCUGCCAGACAACAACAUGUCUGCUGUUCGAGAGACGCUGCAUCGGAACACAUCUUCAGGACAGGGAGAUGCUGACAGUUGGGAUGACAGCAGCUCGGUGAGCAGUGGCAUCAGCGACAACAUCGACACCGAUGACAUCAACACCAGCUCAUCCAUCUCCUCCUACGCCAACACACCUGCAGCCCAACGCAAAGGCUUCAGCAUACAGCCCGUGACAGAUGCAGAGAAGCACUCGGUCUCCACAACGGUGCACCAGGCCUGGUCAGGAGACGAGGUGAAGAGGCCAGACGGAGGGUCGGACAGCGGGGUCAAAAUGGAGUCGGGCUCCAAGUGGAGCCGCCGUAACCCCUCUGAUGUCUCAGAUGAGUCGGACAAGGGCGGAUCGGGGAGAAAGAACCCCUCCGUGUCUCACACAGGGUCCUGGAGGAGAGGCAUGAGCACUCAGGUGGGGGUGACUUCCCCCAGGACCAAGAGCAGCAGUAGCACCACAAGUUCAGUCACCCCCAAAACCCACAGUUCAGGUAAAACGGAUGAUAUCAAGGUGUCAGAGAAGGGACGUCUCUCUCCACGUUCAAACGGCCUUCACCGAUCGCCCUCUGAUGCAGGACGCAUCAGCGGUGACGAAGCGAAGAAACAAUCAAUGUCCACCAGCCACACACCGACUCCCAGCUCCCUCGCGCACACUGUUUCUGACCACCAGACACAUGCCUCCCGCACCCCGACGAGCACAUUCGGCUUCAAGAAGCAGGGCCAUGGCAUGGUAACCAUGGUAACCGCCAGCGGGGCCACCAUUACCAGUGGCUCGGCCACCCUGGGGAAAAUUCCCAAAUCCGGAGCACGCUCACUGGCAGGAUUAAAGGCAGGUGGGCAGGAUGGGGGGUUGCUGCUCGGCCACCACGACGACGGCUUCCUCCCCGCCAGUGCCCGCUCCACGCUGCAGUACCGCAGCCUCCCAAGGCCUAGCCGCUCAGGCUCGGUCGCCCGCAAUGGCAACCGCUCCUCCACCAGCAGCAUCGAGGCCGCCGUUCUCUCAGUGACCUCACAUGGGAAAAACGCAAUCAGCAUUGCCAAGGCCAACGGCUCGGUCGGUCCGCUGGCGAAUCAGACCGAUCGAGAGAAGGGGGUCUCAGAGACCGACAACCUCAGGAGCGCAGGAGCAGCAACUGUUCCUCUGACAGGAAGACAGCAGGUUUCAUCGCCCACACUACGCAGGUUGUUUGGUGGGAAGAGCAACAAACAGGGUCCAGUCACCACUGUUGACAACAUGAAAAACUCCACCGUUAUCUCCAACCCGCAUGCGACCAUGAGUCAUGUGACCACAGUGAUCGAGUCCCCCGACGGAGGACUGGGAGGCGUUGACAGUGAGACCUUCAGCCCCAUGUUUGGGGGCAGAGUGACAGGAUCCGGCACAGGGACACUCGGUAGCGAGCAGGCCUCCAGCCCCGGCUCAGUCUACUCCUCAACGGGGCCUUCUAACAGUCUUACAUGGGGCACCACGUUCAGCGGCUCCUCUGCCCAGAGCAGGGAGAGCACGCUGGGCGGGCACGGCGGCACAAGCAGCAUGGGCUACCCUUCUGUGAGCAGCAUGCACACCAGCAGCGAGUCCAUCGACAUGAGCCUGGGCAGCGCUGGGGGAGGAGGCCACGGGACACACGGGACCCACAGAGAGGACACCCUGUCCGCCCUGGGUCGCACCGGCAGCGUCAAGACGGGCAUGACAGAAAGCCCCAUCUCUUCCCCCUCCGCUAGCCCUAAAUUCAGCCGAAACACUCUACCUCGGAAGCAGGACAGUGGGCCUCUUUGUGGUAGAAACACUCUGCCUAAGAAGGGACUCAGGUAUGGGCCACCCCCCCAGCUGCGGAGCCAUGAGGAGGCCCGUGAUUGGCUACGCUCCCACUCCACCAGCGGGCUGCAGGAGUCAGCCAGUAAUUCCCCUUUCUCCCCUGGAUCCAGCCUCACCUCCCCCUCCGGGACACGCUUCAACUUUGGACAGCUCGCAUCCAGCCCGACCUCCACAGCUCAGAUCAAUCUGACGGGUCUGCGUAACAACAGCCUGACCAACCAGGAUGUCACCUUUGACCCUUGCACCGACAACCGCCUGAGAAACUCCUGCAUGUCCCUGGAUGAAAAGACUCGCACCAUGAGCAGAUCAGGCUCUUUCCGGGAUGGCUUUGAGGAAGUCCAUGGCUCGUCCCUCUCUCUGGUCUCCAGCACCUCCUCCAUGUACUCCACGAAUGAGGAGAAGUCUCAGUCAGAGAUCCGCAAGUUACGCCGGGAGCUGGAUGCCUCCCAGGAGAAAGUUUCCGCACUAACAACACAGCUGAGCGCUAACGCUCACCUGGUGGCAGCGUUUGAGCAGAGUCUGGGCAACAUGACCAUCAGGCUGAAGAGUCUCACUUUAACUGCUGAGCAAAAGGACUCUGAGCUGAAUGAGCUGAGGAAGACUAUAGAGCUGCUGAAGAAGCAGAACGCUGUCGCUCAGGCCGCUAUCAAUGGGGUCAUCAACACACCUGAGCUCACGCCUAAAAUGGACAAGACAGCAGGGAGUAACGGCAGCCUCCACCAUCAGCAGCAGCAGCAGCAGCAGCAUCAGCAGCCAGACCUGCGCAUCAGGAGGCAGCACUCCUCCGACAGUGUCAGCAGCGUGGCCAGCGCCACCAGCCACUCCAGUGUGGGCUCCAACAUGGACGUAGAUGCUAAAAAUAAGAAGAAAAACAAGAAGAAUUGGCUGCGAAGCUCCUUCAAACAGGCCUUCAGCAAAAAGAAAUCUCCCAAAUCAGCCUCAUCCCACUCCGAUAUCGAGGAGAUGACCGAUUCCUCUCUGCCUUCCUCCCCGAAGCUGCCUCACAACGGCACUACCGCGACCAACCACAUGCUCAGGAACACCCACUCCAACACGCUGUUGUCGGAGUGUUUGGACAGUGAGGCGGAGACGGUGAUGCAGCUGCGGAGCGAGCUCAGGGAAAAGGAGAUGAAACUGACUGAUAUCCGCUUGGAGGCGCUCAGCUCCGCCCAUCAGCUGGACCAACUCCGAGAAGCCAUGAACCGCAUGCAGGUGGAGAUUGAAAAGCUGAAGUCAGAGAACGACCGUCUGAAGCUGGAGACUCAGGGCAGCAGGACAGGCUCGCAGGUCUCCAUCUCCUCCUCGCCUCCCCCUCACACACACGGCCAGGCGCCGGGGUCCAACGCGGGGCUCUCCCAGCACAGCCUCAACCUCGCCACUAGCGAAUCCACCAGUCUGGACAUGCUGUUGGACGACACAGGCGGGGAGGGUGCAACGAGGAAAGAGGGUCGUCUGGUGAAGAUCAUUGUCAGCCUUGAUGAGGACUGUGUGUGGGGGGAGGAGGCUCGGUGUCGGAACUUUCUGAUCGGGUGCAUCGGCGUCAGCGGUAAAACCAAAUGGGACGUGUUGGAUGGAGUAGUCCGCCGCCUGUUCAAGGAGUACAUCACCCAUGUGGAUCCAGUGAGCCAGCUUGGCCUCAACUCAGACUGCGUUGAGGGUUACAACAUUGGAGAGAUUCACCGGCCUCGCAGCGCCAACGCCGCUCACACGCCCGAGCUGCUACCUUGUGGCUACCUGGUGGGAGACAGCAACACCAUCAACAUCCAGCUGAAAGGCGUGAGCAGUGACAGCGUGGACUCGCUGGUGUUCGACACUCUGAUCCCCAAGCCGAUGCUGCAGCGCUACGUCUCUCUGCUGAGGGAGCACCGACGGGUCAUCCUGUCUGGGCCCAGUGGCACGGGAAAGACAUACCUGGCCAAUCAGCUGUCUCGACACUUGCUGCUUCUAGAGGGCCGACCUCUGACCCCACACGCUGUGGUCACUUUCAACGUGGACCACAAAUCCAGCAAGGAGCUUCGUCAGUACCUGACAGGUUUAGCAGAGCAGUGCAGUGGCAUGACAGGGAUGGAGAGCCCUCUAGUGGUCAUCCUGGACAACCUGCACCACAUCAGCUCCUUGGGCGAGAUCUUCAACGGCCUAUUCAACUGCAGCCACCAGCACUGCCCAUAUAUCAUCGGCACAAUGAGUCAAGCGACAUCAUCUGCACCCAACUUGCAGCUUCACCACAACUUCAGGUGGGUGCUCUGCGCCAACCACACGGAGCCAGUCAAAGGCUUCCUGGGUCGCUACCUACGGAGGAAGCUGAUCGAGAUGGAAAUCGGCAGCCGAACGCGCAACAUGGAGCUGGUGAAGAUCAUUGACUGGAUCCCAAGGAUUUGGCACCAUCUGAACCGCUUCCUGGAGACGCACAGCUCCUCAGACGUAACCAUAGGACCUCGUCUCUUUCUGUCAUGCCCCAUCGACGUGGAGGGUUCCAGGGUCUGGUUCACUGAUCUUUGGAAUUACUCCAUCAUCCCCUACAUGCUUGAGGCGGUACGAGAGGGAUUACAGUUGUACGGCCGCAGAGCUGCUUGGGAGGACCCCGCCGCCUGGGUGAUUGACACCUACCCGUGGUCGGCCACGCCCACUCCAGCCGAUUGGCCCCCGCUGCUGCAGCUGCGUCCGGAGGACGUGGGUUUUGACGGCUACUCCGCCCCGAGGGAAGGUGUCCGGAAAGAGCCGCCUCAGAGCGACAGUGACGCAGACCCGCUGAUGAACAUGCUGAUGCGCCUGAAGGAGGCGGCGACCUCGUCGAGCCCUCAGAGCUACGACAGCGACUCCAACAGCAACAGCCACCAGGACGACAUCUUGGACUCCUCGCUGGAGUCGACGCUGUGAUGCGUUCAAGACGCCUGGGAAGGAUGGGCGUCGACAGACUGCCCUCGCUUUGGGAACCCGACGAUGACGACAACCGCGCCACAAAAUCCAGCCACCUUAAUUUUGGGUGCAGGCAACCCAAAUAUUUAUACGCCAAGAACAAAGAAGAGACGAUUGCAUUUCAAAAAAAAAAAGCAACAAGUUUCUGCUGCACUGCGUCGGUUUGUUUUUGUUAUUUAUUUUUCACCACUGUGGCCCCCGGGGCUCCUCUGAGAAGGAGCUGGACGUCAACGCGGACGGAACAGAAGCACACGGCCUGCGAGUGUCGGCGACGUCGUCGUGAUCGAUUAUAACCACCGUCCAUCCUAGUGGACGUGGUCAUGCUGCAGUGCGGCCGACUGGCCUGCAGGUGGCGACACAGGCCGAGUGUGUCCGCUUGCGGGCAGGACGCUGAUGUUGAGCCAAGUGUGCAUGUUCCCUUCUGCAGCAGCUCUCUAUAGAGCCACACUUCUCAGCCUGUUUGUGUGUAGGAUGAUGAGUAUUAGGGGUGUACCGAUCGGUCCGAUAUCAGCAACAACAACAACAAAAACAAGUAUCAGAUUAUAUCGACUAUUAGAUAAAAGCUCUGAUACAAGCAGCGAUAUGGCUAGUUAUUCGCUAAAUGUCCUCCAAUAGGCACGCAAAGUUGGUCUUGUCUUGUAUUUGAGUCAAGUCACUUAAAAAGGUAUGAGCUCGCAGCUACACAACAGCUAAGCACACAAUCGCUGACAAGCUAGACAUGCGCAAUCAAUGUCCUGGAUUGAAAACAAUUGCAGUCAAAAUAAACAAGUAUUAAAUAAUUACACUUAAAAUUAUAAAGCAUGUUAGAAGGUAUCCGGUAACAGACGUGUCCGCAUCACUCAACUUGCUGCAUCAUUAUCUUCACUUUUACUCGGUGUUGUCAAACGAUAAUUACCGCUACACUUGAAUUAUUUAAAGACGACAUAAGUACAUUCCAGAUGGUGAAUAAUAAAUAAGUUGGUGUUUUUCAUACCUACCAUUGGGUUAUUUUCACUUAAUCCAGUAACACACGUGUCCACAUUGUUCUACUUACUGCAUCAUGACUUUAUUAAUUAUCAUUACAACCAGGUGGUUCGAAAAAAGACAAAUCAAAAUCAACUUUAAAAGACCGCGUCAGUCCAUUCCAGACUGUUAAUAACAAAAAGGUUAGUGUUUUUCAUAGGGGUGUGAGUCUUUGGGCACCUAACGAUUCGAUACAAUUGCAUGGGGUGACGAUUCGGUUUAGAAUCAAUUCUCGAUUCAACACGAUUCAAACCGAUACUCGCAAUGUAUUUUCUGGUUUAUUACCUAUGAUAAAACUUUUUAAAAACAGGUUACAGGUUAGAAAAACUCCCUUUUAAAUUAGAUUUUUAUA